GUAAACGCUCCGGUUACUCGGCGUUACUCUGUGUCUACCUGUCACGCUUCACAGUAAUGAAGCAAAAUUAGACCUUCUUAUAUUUUGAACGUUUCGCUAUUGUGGUUUUGUAGUUAAAAAGGAGGUUAAUUGUACUUAAGGUCUUGUUGGCUCCUUUCUCCGGCAUUUUACGCGCCGUGCCAGCGCAGCUGUUUGCGCACCGUCAACAUGACUUUUAUUUCAUCUGAGUAACUAAACUGUCAGGGUGACAUUAGUUACCGGUGACAUGCCUGUUGUGGCGAACCUUGGUAUGCAUGUGCGCAAUCUUUCACUGUGGAAUAAUCACGGGAGUCCGGGUGUCAUCAGGGAGAGCUGAUGUGGCCGUUUGCAGGAGCGCACCAGUUUGAUGUCAGCUGCUUUGACAGAGCGCAGGAGUGUGGGAUGCAAGAGAAACCGUAGAGACAAUCCUCUGCUACUUUUAUCUGGACUCAACACGGGCUGCCCGGAGCCAUGGCCUCUGAGGUGGUGUGCGGGCUGGUCUUCAGGUUACUGCUGCCACUGUGUCUUGCAGCUGCUUGCCUGUUCAGGUACAAUGCCCUGUCCUUUGUCUACCUCAUCUAUCUCCUCCUUAUUCCACUCUUCGCAGAACCCACAAGCACAACAAUGCAGGGCCACACAGGGCAUCUGCUGCAGUCCCUCUGCUUCACCAGUAUGUCCUUCCUGCUGCUCCACAUCAUCUAUCAGAUUACCGUCAACAGCCUCCUGGCAGGAAACACCAUCUCCUCUGACUUCAACUGUUCCACGUGGGAGAAAACCAUAAGACAAAUUGGCUUUGAGAGUGUUAUUGGUGCAGAUGCAGGGAACGGCAUUCGAGUGUUCAUCCCCGACAUCGGCAUGUUCGUAGCCGGCUUGGCCAUCUGGCUGCUGUGUCGCAGUCUGGUCCAGAAGAGGCCGCCUGAGGACAUGGCCCAGUACAACGCCGACUUUGAAGCAGAGGAACAAGACGAAGAGGAGAAGCUGAGCCUGGAUGACAACAUCCUGCUAGAGGAGGAUUUGGAAGCGGGUUACGAGGCAGAGGAGGACGAGGAGCUGGACGAGGAGGAAGAGGAGGAGGAGCUGGAUGAGGAGGAAGAGGAGGCAAAGGAGAGCACUAAGAUGAAAAUCCUGCGGCACGUGGCGGAGGUUGCAUCCAAAGUGAAGGAGAUUAUCGGGAACUUGAUCACCACUGCAGGGAAGGUGGUGGUCACCAUCUUGUUGGGCAUGACAGGCAUCAUGCUACCCUCGUUAACCUCGGCUGUCUACUUCUUCAUCUUCCUGUUCCUGUGCACCUGGUGGUCCCUCUGCCGGACCUUCAACACACUCAUCUUCAGCUGCAUGUGUGUCCUGAUGGCCAUCUUUAGUGCUGGACACAUCAUUGUCCUCUACCUCUACCAGUUCCAGUUCUUCCAGGAGGCUAUCCCACAAGACGACAGCUACAUCAGUGUAUUUGGCAUCUCCCCCAUUGUUCAGAGCAACUGCUCCUACACAUGGAAGCUCAUGGUGCACCCGGGCCGUAAGUGGUAUCACUUUGUCAGUCCCAUCAUGCUGCUGCUUCUCUACUACACUCUUGCCACGCUCAUCCGCCUCUGGCUGCAGGAACCCAUCGAGCAGCUGACGGACGACAAGGACGGCGAUAUGUGUGAGGGGGAAGAUCUGGUCGGAAACAAAACAAAUAACUCAGCCAACAGGAAGAGGCAGCUGUGGUGGGAAUCACGCCAGGGCACGGAUGAGAAAAACCUGCUCUCCACCCAGGAUGGCAUCAGUACAACCGAGGCUGUGCCCACCUCAAACGGAACGUCUUUUGACUUCGUGACAGUUGAGAACGGUCCAGUCUGUCUGGACUUGUAUUCAACCCCCCAGUAUAAAAUGGACCAGCCCAGUGACGGUACAGAGAAGAAAGAUGAGUGUGUGUAUGAAGUGUGUUUGCCCCCGGAGGAUUCGCUGUUGGAGGGAGGAGUGGAGAAGUCUGAGGAAGGCGAAGAUAGGAUGAAGAAAAGAGGACUCAGUACGAUGGUCAAAAUCUUCCACUUCAUCAUGAAACAGAGCUACAUCUGUGCUCUCAUAGCCAUGAUGGUGUGGAGCAUCACAUACGUGAGCUGGCUUACGUUUGUCUUCCUCAUCUGGUCUUGCAUGCUGUGGAUGGUGAGGGACCGGAGACGUUACGCCAUGCUGUCUUCUCCCUUCAUGGUGGCCUAUGGAAACCUAAUGAUAGUUCUGCAGUACAUUUGGACUUUUGAGAACAUGACAGAAGUCUCAGGGUUUUUUGUAAAGAAGAAAAACCCUUUCCACUCACUUUCAUCCAAGGUCCUGUGUCUCCUGAGCUUCUGGCUGCUGCUGAGACAAACGCUCACAGAGAGAUGGGAAAAACAAAAGGAAGACAGUGAUGUUCUCUCAGGCGUUCAUGUGGAAGAUCAGAAGAGCAGGGAGGAAGAGGACUUAGAGGAAGAAGGGGAGCAGGACACCAUGCAUGUUCUGGGUAACAUGGUAAUGGCUCUGCUGGUUAAAUACUGGAUCUACAUCUGUGGUGGCAUGUUCUUCAUCGUGAGCUUUGAGGGCACCAGGGGAAUUGUCAUGUACAAGAUCAUCUACAUGAUGAUGUUCCUCUCUUGUGUGGCGCUCUAUCAGGUGCACUUUGAGUGGUGGCGAAGGAUCCUGAAGUACUUCUGGAUGUCUGUGGUGAUGUACACCAUGCUGGUCCUCACCCUGGUCUACACCUUCCAGUUUGACAAUUGGUCUUCCUUCUGGUGCAAGAAGCUGCGCAUGGACAAAGACAGAUUGAACGACCUAGGCCUGGAGAAGUUUUCACUUUCUGACCUGUUCAUCAAGAUUUUCAUCCCAACUUCCUUCCUGCUGGUGUGUAUUCUUCACCUGCACUACUUCCACGACCGCUUCCUCGAGCUCACCGAUCUCCAGGCUGUAGUGGCCAAAGAGCAGAGCACUAUAUACAGAUUGGUGGGAACCGACGGCAGCCUGGCAGACCUUACCAUGCUCAGCGCCAGCUCAGUGGAGGCAAUAAUGCUCAGAGGGGGGCCAGAGCCACAGGAGGAGCAGGUGGAGAUAGGGGAGCAGGAGGAGCAAGAAAAGCAGGAGAAGGAGAGGGAGUGGGGGACAAAGGAGAGGGAAAAGGAGAAGGACCAAGCCCUGGUGGUGGUGAUGUAUGACACUGACGUGACCGACGAGAAGCCCAAGAGCUUCUCCAGCCAGCGGCAGUCCAGCACAGAGGAGAGCCACCACUGCAGUGCGAGGACCGAGCCAGAGCCGAGCACCGAGCAGAGCUCAGAUCUGAAGAACAAAUGGCACCUGGUGGUCGACCGUCUGACUGUGCUCUUCCUCAAGUUCCUGGAGUAUUUCCACAAACUGCAGCUGUUCAUCUGGUGGCUGCUGGAGAUCCACAUCAUCAAGAUCGUGUCCUGCUACAUUUUCAUGGUCUCGGUCAAAGAGGUGUCUUUGUUCAACUAUGUGUUUGUGGUGUCCUGGGCCUUCGCACUGCCCUACAGCCGGUAUCGGCCCCUUGCGUCCAGUGUUUGCACUGUCUGGACGUGUGUCAUCAUUGUAUGCAAAAUGUUGUACCAGCUCAAGUCUAUAAACCCGCCAUCGUACUCCUCAAACUGCUCGACGACCCAACAAUACCUAGGCUACACAGAAAAUAAGCAGAAAGAGAUGAAGGAGUCUGUGCUGUAUGAGGGCCUUGUGGAUCCAGCCAUGUGGGUGGGCCUGGAGAAGUCCAAUGACCUGCUGGGCUACCUCAGGAACAACCUCUUGAUGCUGGCUGUCUUAGCAUUCGAGGUGACCAUCUACCGCCACCAGGAGUACUUCAGAGUGAGGAACAAACUGUCGCCUCCCGCUGCCAGGAUUAUCUUCCAUGAUAUCACACGGCAGCAUUUAGACAUUGGCAUCAUCAACUUCAUCAAAUACUUCAUCAACUACUUCUUCUACAAGUUUGGACUUGAGACGUGCCUGCUGUUGGUGGUCAAUGUAAUCGGACAGCGUAUGGACUUCUAUGCCAUGCUUCAUGCCUUCGCUUUGAUAGCAGUGAUGUAUAAACGCAGGAGGAAAGCCAUUGCUGAGAUCUGGCCCAAGUACUGCUGCUUCCUGGCCUGCAUGCUUACUUUCCAGUACUUUAUCUGCAUUGGGAUCCCACCAGCAGCGUGUAAAGACUAUCCCUGGAGGUUUCCCAACUCUACUACAGACUCCAACGUGGUCAAGUGGUUCUACGCUCCAGAUUUCCUCACCAAGCCCAAUUCAGCGUUCCUCAUCUAUGACUUCAUGUUGCUGCUGUGUGCCUCUCUCCAGAGGCAGGUCUUUGAUGAUGAGAACAAGGCUGCAGUCCGCAUCAUGGCUGGAGACAACGUGGAGAUCUGCAGAGACCUGGACGCAGCCUCUUUCAGCGUCCACAACCCGGUCCCGGACUUCAUCCACUGCAGGUCCUACCUGGACAUGCUGAAGGUCAUCAUGUUUAGCUACCUGUUCUGGUUUGUCCUCACCAUCAUCUUCAUCACGGGAACCACACGCAUCAGCGUCUUCUGUAUGGGCUACCUGGUGGCCUGCUUCUACUUCCUGCUCUUUGGUGGUGAGCUGUUGCUCAAACCAAUAAAAAAGAUCCUCCACUACUGGGACUUCCUCAUCGCCUACAACAUCUUUGUAAUCACCAUGAAGAACAUUUUAUCUAUCCUGGCUUGUGGCUACAUCAACAGUCUGAUAAAGAACCACUGCUGGUUGAUUCAGUUGUUCAGUCUGGCCUGCACCAUCAAAGAAUACAAAAUCACCAUCGACCAAAAUUUAGAUGUGGAUCAGCGCUGUGAGCUGCCCAGCAACGAGGCCGGGAUCAUCUGGGACAGUAUCUGCUUUGCCUUCCUGCUGCUGCAGAGACGAGUCUUUAUGAGCUACUACUUCCUCCAUGUGGUGGCUGAUAUCAGGGCAUCACAGAUUCUCGCAUCCAGAGGGGCGGAGCUUUUUCAGGCCACCAUAGUGAAAGCCGUGAGAGCCAGACUGGAAGAGGAGAGCAAAUCUGUGGAGCAGCUGAAAAGACAGAUGGAACGCAUUAAGGUGAGGCAGCAAAAGUUUAAGAGGGGCAAGGAGAGGAUGCUGAGCAUGGCGCAGGAGUCUGGAGAAGGAAAGACCUUCGUCCAGCCCGAGGAGGAUGAUGAUGAUGGAGCACAGCGAACGAAAGCCAAGACCAAAAAAAAGCAGUGGUGGAGGCCGUGGGUUGACCAUGCUUCCAUGGUUAGAAGUGGAGACUAUUACUUGUUUGAAACUGACAGUGAGGAGGAAGAGGAGGAGGAGGAGAAAAAAGACGAUGAACUGCCCAAGAAGUCGGCAUUUCAGUUUCUUUAUCACGCCUGGAUCACAGACCCCAAAGCUGCCCUGAGGGCACGAGGCAAAGAGAAACGCAAAUUCUGGAAAAAAUACACCAAGGGAGUUAGACACAGAAAAAGCAAGAAAGAUGCAGGUCAUGUGGCCAUAGAGGUUGGUGAGCUCUCAGAUGGGCAAGAAAAAGGAGAAGAGAACAAGAAGUCUGGUGCUCCAGACAACAUCAUAAAGCGAGUGUUCAACAUCAUAAAGUUCACCUGGGUGCUUUUCCAGACUACAGUGGACAGCUUUACCAAGUGGAUGAACGACAUGUGCAGGGAGUACAUCGACAUCUCCACUGUGCUGCGUAUAGAGCGCUGCAUGCUGACCCGAGAGGUCAAAAAGGGCAAUGUGCCGUCCAGAGAGAGCAUCCACGUCUACUACCAGAAGGCCAUGAGGCUCAACAUGUCCAGGCAGGCCAGUAUGGAUCAGCUAAGUGAGGACGAGUCCGCCUCGGGCUCCAACAGGGUUCGAAGAAGGAGAGGAGGCUACCGCAUGGAGAGCCAGGACUCCACAGCAUCCAGAGACAGCAUAUCCAGCGCCCAAACCGAGGCAACCACACUGUUUUCUCGCCAAUCCACCCUGGAAGACCUCGAUGGAAUGCCAGAGUGCAUUCCCAAAACCAGCGAGCGCGCCAGGCCCAAACUGCGCAAGAUGUACGGCCUGGACAUGUCCAAUUCAUCAAUGGACAGUUGCAGCAGCUUCAUGUCCAGUGAAGCGACCCAGUGUGUCACGCUCUUCUCCAGACAGGGCACCACUGACGUCAUAGAAGAAGUGGAUGACGAGCAUGAUCAAGAGGAAGAUAAGCAGCAGGUUCCCUGUGAAUCCCAACAGCUAGGUGAGAGUCAAGGGGCUGAGGGCGGCCCCUGGAGUGAUAGAGAACCCAUGGAGAGACAGGAUGAGGGCCAGGAGGGACUGGAGGGUGAGGAGGGAGUAGAGGUGUCAAAGGACCAUGAGAGAAAAGACAGAGAAGAGGCUCCCUGGGAUUCCUUUGGCCUAGAUGAGGGCCCCUCCCUCCGGCCGGAGGAGGCAGAGUCUGCCGCCUCUGCCCAGGAGAAGGACUACAUCACUGAGAUUCAGGACGAGGGAGGACAGCAGGAUUUUAUGCAGACAGGGGGACGAGUAGGGUUCCUCUACACCCCUGAUACAGAUGCUUCUAAAACGUCUGAUGCGGACGUGCCUCCCAGCUACAGCAAGGCAGUCAGCUUUGACCGUCUGGAAGUUAGUGACGACGAGAGUGACAUGGAUAGGAAGAGGCGUAUGGUUAUGACCUCUGACAGCCGCUCAGACAGCAGGUCAGACAUCAUGUUGCCCUCUAUGACCACUGAGCUCACCGCCAGCGAGUUGCUGCUCAACAAGAUGUUUUAUGAUGAGGAGCUGGAGCAGUCAGAUACAUUCUACCAAAAACAGCCUCUGAUCCUCCAGCUCUGCUACGCCCUCUACAACAUGCUGGUGGCCAACUCAGAGAUGGUGUGCUACCUGGUCAUCAUCAUCAACCACAUGGUGUCGGCCUCCUGCGCCACCCUGGUCCUACCCAUCACCAUCUUCCUCUGGGCCAUGCUGUCAGUGCCCCGGCCCAGCAAGCGCUACUGGAUGACUGCCAUCGUCUAUACUGAGGUCACAAUCGUCGUCAAGUACUUCUUUCAGUUUGGCUUCUUCCCCUUCAACCAGAACAAGAUAGAUAAGAAUAAACCAUAUCACCCUCCCAACAUCAUCGGUGUGGAGAAGAAGGAUGGCUACGUCCACUACGACCUGAUCCAGUUACUGGCUCUCUUCUUCCACAGAUCCAUUCUGAAGUGCCACGGUCUAUGGGACGAGGACGACCCCAAAGAAAGGAAAGAGCCCUCACGUCAGAGUGAGUCAGAGGACGAGAGAAGAGAUGAGGAGCAGAGUGAAAAGGAGUCUGAAACUGAGUCCUCACUGUUCAAUGAGAGAAGAGGCUCCACUCACACCUUGAGAUCCAUGAGCUUUGGGACCUCCAUUGAUUCAGGACAUGUCCAGGUGCACCUCCCACAACAGCAGACCUACCAGCGCCGCAAGAGUUCCAGCGGAGGCUCGCACAUCUCUCACCGAUCUCUCCACUCCUCUGCAAGGUCCAAGAGAGGAAGUACAGCUUCCCACAACAGCAGCCGCAAGGAAGGCAGCGAGGCCAGCGUCCAUCAGAAGACCCGCAAACAGAUGAUCAUGGAGAAGCUGAGGGAGCAGCUCCUCAAAGGGAAAGCUUUCAUCCUAAAGCGGUUCAUGGAGAUCUACCUUCCUAUGAAGCAGUUCUUCUAUAACUUGAUCCAUCCAGAGUACAGUGCAGUCACAGACGUCUAUGUGCUGAUGUUCCUCGCUGACACGGUGGAUUUCAUCAUCAUUGUGUUCGGAUUCUGGGCAUUUGGUAAACACUCUGCUGCAGACAUCACGUCGUCUCUGUCGGAGGAUCAGGUGCCGGGACCUUUCCUGGUCAUGGUCCUGAUCCAGUUUGGGACUAUGGUGGUGGACAGGGCCCUCUACCUCAGAAAGUCUGUCGUGGGCAAGGUCAUCUUCCAGGUCAUCCUGCUCUUUGGCAUCCACUUCUGGAUGUUCUUUAUCCUGCCAAUAGUCACAGAAAAGCGUUUCAGCGAGAACAAAGUCGCUCAGAUGUGGUAUUUUGUCAAGUGCAUCUACUUUGGGCUGUCAGCCUAUCAGAUACGCUGUGGUUAUCCCACCCGCGUUUUGGGAAACUUCCUCACCAAGAGCUACAAUUAUGUCAACCUCUUCCUGUUUCAAGGUUUUCGCCUGGUGCCGUUCUUGACGGAGCUGCGAGCCGUGAUGGACUGGGUUUGGACGGACACCUCGCUGUCUCUGUCCAGCUGGAUCUGUGUGGAGGACAUCUACGCUCACAUCUUUAUCCUUAAAUGCUGGAGAGAGUCUGAGAAGAGGUAUCCCCAGCCGCGAGGCCAGAAGAAGAAGAAGGUGGUGAAGUACGGGAUGGGAGGGAUGAUUGUAGCGCUGCUGAUCUGUAUCGUCUGGUUCCCGCUGCUCUUCAUGUCCCUCGUGAAGUCUGUAGCUGUCACCAACCCACCGCUGGAUGUUUCGUUUGAAAUCACCCUGGCCGGCUUUCAGCCUAUCUUCACCAUGAGCGCUCAGCAAAAACAACUGCAGCAGGUGUCACCCCCUGAAUAUGAAAAGUUUGUGAAGAAAAAUGUAAAAGAUGAAGCCUUGCAGUGGCUGGAGGGCUACAUGGCAGAGGACCUGAUCAUCGCUGAGCUUAAAGGCAGCUCCAACUCACUGUGGACCAUUAGUCCACCCAGCAGGACCAACCUGAUAGAGAUGUUGGGCAGUGAGGAGGAUUUCCCCACCACUGUGUCCUGGUCUGUGCAAAGAAACCUCAGUCUUGGUGCCAAAGCUGAAACAGCGUCUGGAAAACGAGUGACAUAUCUAGACAAACAAACAAAGGAAAACCUCAUAGCGCUUCUAAAUGGAACAGGAAGCGACAAACAAGUGAUGCUAGCGAGUACCUUCCCUCGUUAUAUCCGGGCCCCCAGUGACUCCGAAGCCAAGCCUGCUGGGCCCCUAUAUAAAGAUGAAAACACGAUGUUCAACAUAACCGUGACCUUGAAGCGAGCUCAGAAUAUCUCAGAUCAGAUCCAGGAGUGGUGGAUUGUCAACCAGACGGAGCUGGGCCCGAUAGAAAAGAGGAAUCCAAAAUACAAGUAUGAGGCAGGCCUGGAGGUCUACAUCUUCAGCGACCAAGUUAGCCCGCCCAGUUUGGGCUUUCUGGCUGGAUAUGGGAUCAUGGGCUUGUAUGCCUCUGUGGUUCUGGUCAUCGGCAAGUUCGUACGCGAGUUUUUCAGCGGGAUCUCCCACACCAUCAUGUUCGAGGAGCUGCCCAACGUGGACCGCAUCCUCAAGCUGUGCACAGACAUCUUCCUGGUCCGAGAGACGGGGGAGCUGGACCUGGAGGAGGACAUGUACGCCAAACUCAUCUUCCUCUACCGCUCGCCAGAGACUAUGAUCAAGUGGACACGAGAGAAAACUCAGUGAAACUCAGAAAGGGGACUUUAACUAAUGAAGGCGAGUUGGAGGUUUUUGGAUGGGAACGCUCAUGCGGAAUAACUGGGUUGUCUCUGUUGGUGUGAGCAGCUAUUUCAGCCCAUUCACCUGCUGAGGGAGCACAAAGCAGCUGAGGACCAACCCUGUCCUCUUAAACUGAGCUCUGCUGGCAGUGAAACAUUGUUAGCUUUACACUAAAACACUUUUUUUCCAGUUAUAAACUGAUAUUUUCUACUAUUUACCGAUUAAAAGCAACAAUAAUUGCAGUCAUAUUACAUACAAUUGAGGACAAACAUUUGCCGGUGCUGUAUUUCUCUCAUGAAACCUGGCUCAGUUUGGCAUCGAGUGGAUAAAAUAGCAGCAGCUGGCGUUCCAUCGGAGACGGAAAAAUGUAAACUGAAAUGCAAAAGAGCCCUCAUUGCUCGUUACGCCUGCAUCCAACAUUUUCACAAUAAAGAGAAGCUUAAACUGAAUGCAACAUUAAUCUUCAAGGGCUUCCCACCAUCAAAUAAAGUGCACAAUAAUGAGCACAAUUUAAUAUUCUCUCAAACUGGAACACUUGGAUUGUGGGACUGUGCAAUACUGAGCUCUCAUUUUCUCCAAGUUUUCGAAGGAUGUGGACUGAUGGAAGAGGCCAGUUCUGACCAAGAUACAUGAACCACUUAUGUUUUUUUUUUUUUUACGUCAGAGGCCACAUGGGAGCCUCUCCAGAGACAAAUCUUUUCUUGCCUUAUUUUGUUUGUAUGAGAAGAACUCUCAACUACAUAUCUUUCUCAGGAAGAGCAGUUUUCACAGAUAUUCAUCGUGUGAGUUUUAUGUUACAAUAUGUAGGCUUUGAUGGAUCUAAAAGUACGAGAUUGUAGAAAAGAUGAAAACUAUUUAAAUGGCAUGAAAUUUAACGUGGAUAUUGCUCAGAUGGACAGGGAAAUAGUUUAAGGCCGUCUGAAAAAUAAAUAAAUGGAUCGCCGUGUACUGUUUCCCUCACAGAUAUUGAGAUUAAUUGCCAAGCGUCCGUGUUCUGAAUCAGCUACAGGUUGGCUAGAGUCGAGACCAGCAGAGGGCUGUUUCUGAAUCAGGAAAACGUGCAUUGGGUGGCAGACUCUUGCACAUCAUUUGUGACCCUCUCGCUGUUUUUAACAUUCAUACUGAUGAACACUGAGUAACCACGGCUGUGCAUUCAGUUGUCAAGCAAGAAACAAGCAGACACUAAAAAAAGAUUCCUCACAUGAAGGGCUGAAACACGAAGCCCUUAGGUUCAAACUAUGCAUUAGAGGACAUUGUAGCAUGAUAGAAAAACUUCAUUAUUGUCAUGACUAAUUUUCAUUACAUGUACAUACAAGUUUAAGGGGACAGGUCAGGGUGGAAUGAAAUGUGAAAUUUUGCCUGUAUGCUAAGGCUAAUGCGGUAUGAUAGAGGUUCAGAGAUCUGCAAAUAAAACGUCUGGAAAGGU